CGUAACCUUGCAAGCUGGCGGACUGACGAACAUGUCUGGCUGCCCGGCCCAGGUCCACCCAUCAGCUCCCUGGGCUCCCUGGGCUAGCUGGGCAAGGAGGUAUUGGCCGCCGCCAUUGACCAUGAUUGCUGUCCACGCCCCGGCGCCGGACGCUUUGACCCGCCUACCGUUUGCUCGGAGUCGCGUCGCUCAACGGCCAAUGAGCUGUCGACGGCCCAACGGGGGGCUCCUCUUGCUUGCUUGCUUGCUUACCCAGCAAUGUGGGACUGGACGACUGAAGGAGUGAAUUGUAUGCCUUUGUAUAGCAUCGCAUAGCGCACACAUGGAUGGAGGAGGGGGGAGCAACGCUGGUAGCCUAAUGUUGGCUGCUACCCUACCUUCCCUUCCCUUCCCUUGCCCUGCCCUGCCCUAAUGAACUGGGCACCCUAUGUGUUGCAUCCGCUCUUCUUACACCAGAUGCGAUACCUACAUACCUAGGUAUGUACUUGUAAAACACUGCAAACACAAUCAGUUUCCAACCUGCAUGAUACACCUGAUGAAGAGUGAUGAACAG